AUGAUGAAUGGCUCCGACCUCGCCAGUACGACGGCGUCCAGUCCCAAAUCCAAAGAGGACCAAGUAGUGAACGGCCACGAUGAAAAGGAAAACAACCCCUUUGCAGAGUACAUGUGGAUGGAGAACGAAGAAGACUUCAACAGACAGGUGGAGGAGGAGCUGCAGGAGCAGGAGUUUCUCGACCGCUGUUUCCAGGAGAUGCUGGAGGAAGAAGACCAGGACUGGUUCAUUCCAUCGCGCGACCUGCCCCAGGGCAUGGGGCAGCUGCAGCAGCAGCUGAACGGGCUCUCCGUUGGCGACGGCCACAGUUCGGAGGACAUUCUGGUAAGGGCCUCGGAGAACGCGCUGCGAGGCAAAGUGAAGUGUAACAAGACCGUAAACCCGAAAUUCCUCCGAGCAGCAGCCUGCCCCAGCUCUCCGCGAGGCCGGCGGCCGCGGCUCCUGCCGCCGGCGCCCAUCGGCGAGCUCAGCGAGAUGGCCCGGGGUUAUCGGACCACGAACACUAAUGGCGAGCGGAGGUUGGAGCCGAUUUAA